UGGGCGCAUGCGCGGGCCGGGGAGCCUAGCUGCUCACCCUAGCCCCUCAGCUCGGCUCGACAUGGCGCUGAGGCGGCGGCCGCUUCUUCGGCUCCACACGGGGUUGCGCGACUUUUUCCUGCUGUUGCUUUUCAGGGGCUGUUUGGUAGGGACAGUGAAUCUCAAAUCCAGCAACCGGAACCCAGUGGUACAGGAGUUUGAAAGUGUGGAAUUGUCUUGUAUCAUCACGGAUUCACAGACCAGCGACCCCAGGAUCGAGUGGAAGAAAAUUCAAGAUGACCAGACCUCAUAUGUGUUUUUUGAAAACCAAAUUCAAGGGGACCUAGCAGGCCGUGCAGAGAUACUGGGGAAAUCCUCCCUAAAGAUCUGGAAUGUGACACGCUUAGAUGCAGCCCUCUAUCGAUGUGAGGUGGUUGCUCGAAAUGACCGCAAAGAAAUUGAUGAGAUUGCCAUUGAGCUAAUUGUACAAGUGAAGCCAGUAACCCCUGUCUGCAGAGUACCAAAGGCUGUCCCUGCAGGCAAGAUGGCAACGCUGCAGUGCCAGGAGAGCGAGGGCCACCCUCGGCCUCACUACAGCUGGUACCGUAAUGACGUGCCACUGCCGACGGACUCCAGAGCCAACCCCAGAUUCCGAAAUUCCUCUUUUCUCUUAAACUCUGAAACAGGCACUCUGGUUUUCAGUGCUGUUCACAAGGAGGACUCUGGGCAGUAUUACUGCAUUGCUUCUAAUGAUGCAGGUUCAGCCAGAUGUGAGGAGCAGGAAAUGGAAGUCUAUGACCUGAACAUUGCUGGCAUUAUUGGAGGGGUUCUGGUUGUCCUUGCAGUCCUGGUCCUGAUAACACUGGGCAUUUGUUGUGCAUACAGACGCGGCUACUUCAUCAACAGCAAAGAGAAUGGAGAGAGUUACAAGAGCCCAGGAAAGCCCGAUGGCGUUAACUAUAUCAGGACAGAUGAGGAGGGUGACUUUAGACACAAGUCAUCGUUUGUGAUCUGAGACCUGGGAGUGGUGUGGCCAAGAGCACAUGCAGAUACCUCUCCUAGAAACUCCUGUCAAGGGAGCCACGAGCUGUACGUGCCUGGAUGAAGCAGACACUCAUGCAGAAGCUUUUUAUUUUGGCCAAAGUUGACCACUUGACUCCUUUCUUCUCUAACAAGCCACAUGAAUAAAAGAACCUUCCUCAAGAUGGGCAUGGUAACCACCAGGAAAAGAAUGAGCUCACCAAUUUGCUCCCCAGUCCACUGCUGGCCCAGUCCCUCUGUGGGUAACAGGUGAUCUCAAAGUCCCAAGCCACACACUAUGGGCCUGUAUCUGCUACUGGCUGUUCAGCAGCCAGAGUAAGAGCUGUUGCAUGUUUGGAUGAGGUGUUGCAGUGGUAGCAGCAGCAUCACUGUGAGCACUGGAAAAGGGUUUGCAUGUAGAUUUUGUCUGUGGGCCUGACCCUCCUGCAUGCUUUUCUUCAGGCUCUGGUGAUGGGUGUUGUCCAUCUUGUCAGAUCUGUAUUUGGUAAAGAACCAAAUGGGAGGCUACAUAGCUUGCUGGAAGAGGGCUCUUCUCUGAGGACUCUGCUUGUCCAAGAGGCUAUAGGAUUUGAGGAAACCCCUUUGUCUUAGGCAAAGUCUGUAAUGGUACUGAAAAAAUGCUUUUCUAUGGGUCUUGCUUAUUUUAUAACAUUUUACAUUCUAAAUUUUUGCUAAAGAUGUAUUUUGACUAUUGAAAGGAAAAUUUCUAUUUAAACUGUAAAUAUAUUCUCAUACAUUGUUUAAAAACUUAUUUUUUUAAGAGUUCAACCUAAAAUGGAAGUUCCAAGCUACUAGUGGUUAACUGAAAAAAAUCCAUAAUUCUUUUGCCCAAGGAAUCCUCUAAAGUUGGCUUCCUGGAAUGUUCCUUUAUGCAUCCAAGUUUUAGCAUUUUCAUAAGAAAACUUAGGCCAUCUGUACUUGAGACCAUUGUUAUUGAAGAAACCUUUAAAUAUUCCAGCUCAGCCAUGUGGACGUCUUUUUGCAUAUUUCCAAAAGAAAGCCAGGGAGCUAGAUCAGCUUUGUGCUGCCUAUUCCUGAGGUCACUAAAGCUCCUGUGCCCUGAAGCAGACCACAUUGAUGGACUCUUGAGGGUCAAAUGCCACCAUUCCGAGUCGGGGUUUGGCCCCUUCACCUUCAUGGCCCUGGCUACAGCUUUUGCUCCACCCUUUUGUUGGUAUUUCACGUGCCAUGAAGUGCUUGGUGGUUCUGGGUUGGGUGCCUCAGGCUUGCAUCUGCUGUGUGAUGUCCCAGCUUUCUGGUUCCCAUGAAAGACCUUUUGAUUGAGGAUGGCUCACAAAACAAAGGAGCCACUGCUGUUUGUCUUGUUAAGUUCAUUUUGAUUGUGCAGUGCAUAAGAUUGUCCAGUGUCAAAGGCAAUUCUGAAAUCAAACCUGUGAGCUAUUUUUUAAAGAAAAUGAAACCACUGAUCCUCUUUUCCCUGAAGAACACACCUGGCACUGCAGGUUCUUCCUCCUUCACAACAAACCAUUGUGUGCUGGCAGCCAGGCCAGCCUUUUGAAGAUCAAAUGGUGCAGCCAGGGUUGAAAGCAAGAUGGUAAGGAAAAGAAAAUGCCUCCAUCAAAAACCAUUUUCUAAUUUUGAUUUUGAAUUUUUUAUCUACCUGAUACUGCUCACUUUGCAGGGACAUUAAAAUCAUCAUUGAAAAGUUUUUGUUCUUCAAGAGGAGAUGUUCUCAGGCACAGAUACACUGCCGUUAGACUUUUGAUGAAGUGGUUCGAGCCAGGAGCUUCUCAAAGGAGCACCGAUUUCCAUUGUGUGCCUGGAGGGUGGUUUUUAUGUAGAAUGUAGUCACCUGUGAUUCUGCUUUCAGUGUCUUAAUUUUUUAUACUUUCAAAUUUUUUUUAUUGAAUACUUGAGAUGUACUUACUUUUUUUUUAUGUGACCUACCGUCAUUUGGGACAUUGGGCAGGGCAGCAAGCAACUCUUCUGCAUUCAGUCUUGGGUAUCUGCAUCCUCAGUGCAUAAGACUGCCCCUUCCUCUCCUCUUCUGCCUCUUGAUAGGAAGGGCAGCUGCCCCACCCCCACUGUUGGGGUUUAAUACCCUGCCCCCAUCCUGGGGUCACAGCAGUAGCACAGCCAGAUCUCCUUUGUAUACCUAGUCUUCUGCACUAGUGCCAUGGGAACUGAGUCUAACAAAGAAGUGACACAGCCUGUGAAGUGUUGCCUGUGACAUAAAGCUGCAGCAGAGAAGGAGCACUUGUUGGUGAAGACUCAAGAAGCUUGUACAGGGGUGUUCUUCAGGCCUUUGGUAUGAAUGUUGUUGUAUAUAGGUGUUACAGACUUUUACUAACACACAUGUAAUUUGGUAUUUGUUAAAACCUCAUUUAU